AUGAGCCUCACCCGCUUCGCGCACCUGCCGCGCUCCGCCCACGGCCCCCUCAAAUGCCCCUACAAGGGCUCCUCCCUGCUCACAAACGCAACAUACAACAAAGGCAGCGCACACACCGAGUCCGAGCGGAGGGAAUUCGGUCUGCACGGCCUACUGCCGCCGAACAUCCAAACGCUGGACGAACAAGUCGAGCGCGCGUACCAGCAGUAUAAAUCGCGGCCGGACGAUCUGGCCAAGAACACGUUCAUGGCGAGCAUGAAGGCGCAGAACCUGGUUCUUUAUUAUAGACUGCUGCAGACGCACUUGAAGGAGAUGUUUAGCGUUAUCUAUACACCGACGGAGGCGGAUGCGAUCCAGGAUUACUCGCGGCUGUUCCGGAAGCCCGAGGGGUGUUUUUUGAAUAUCCGUGACCAUGGGGAGGGGGAGAUUGAUGAGGCGCUUUCGAAUUUUGCUACGGGGGAUGAGGUGGAUUAUAUUGUUGUUAGUGAUGGGGAGCAGAUUCUCGGCAUCGGCGACCAAGGCGUGGGCGCGAUCCUGAUAUCCAGCGCGAAGCUGGUCAUCACGACGGCCUGCGCGGGGAUUCAUCCGUCACGACAACUCCCUGUUGUUCUGGACUGCGGGACGAAUAACGAGAAGCUGCUGAAUGAUGAGCUGUACCUUGGUCUGCGGCAGAAGCGGGCGAAGGGCGAAGAGUAUGACCGGUUCGUCGACAAGUUCGUCAAGGCGGCGAGGAGGAGGUUCCCUAAUGCUUAUAUUCAUUUCGAGGACUUUGGGCUGCAGAAUGCGAAGCGCAUCCUCGACAAGUACCGCUCCGAGAUCCCCUGCUUCAACGACGAUAUCCAGGGCACCGGGUGUGUCACGCUCGCUGCUCUAAUGGCUGGUCUCCAUGUCAGCAAUGUUAAAAUGAAGGACGUCCGUGUCGUCUGCUAUGGCUCAGGCUCAGCGGGCACCGGUAUCGCAGACCAGAUCAGCGACGCCAUCGCCACGGAGGCAGGGAUAUCCAAAGGCGACGCACUAAAGCAAAUCUGGUGCAUCGACAAGCAAGGCCUCCUCCUCAAAUCCCAAGGCGACGCCCUAACACCCAGCCAAGCGUACUUCGCAAAGAACGACGACGAGUGGCCGGAGAGUGCAGAAAUCGACCUCCUCUCCGUAAUCAAGCGCGUAAAACCACACGUCCUCAUCGGCACAUCGACGAAGCCAGGCUCCUUCACGGAAGAGAUCAUCCGCGAGAUGGCGAAGCACGUCGAGCGCCCGAUCGUCUUCCCGCUCAGUAACCCGACAAGGCUGCACGAGGCCCAGCCGCAGGAUAUCACCAAGUGGACAGACGGCAAGGCGCUCAUUGCGACGGGGAGUCCGUUCCCGGCCGUCGAGUAUAACGGGACGAAGACGGAGAUAGCCGAAUGCAACAACUCAACCGCCUUCCCCGGCAUCGGGCUGGGCGCCGUGCUCUCGCGAACAAGCCGGCUCAGCGAGAAGAUGAUCGUCGCGGCGUCCAAGGCCCUAGCAGCCCAGGCGCCGGCCCUGCAAGACCCCAACAAGCCGCUGCUACCUGAUGUCGAGGAUGUGAGGGAGCUGAGUCUGAAUGUUGCCAAGGCUGUUAUCCAGACGGCUGUGGAGGAGGGGUUGGCGAGGGAAGAGGGGAUUCCUGGGGAUGAGAGGAAUCUGGAGGAUUGGAUCCGGGCGCAGAUGUGGGAGGCGCGGUAUCGGGAUUUGGAGAGGGUUGUCGGCCCAGGCACAUGCACCGGCGUCACAGCCCCAAUCUCCUCAACCUCAGCGGGCAUGAUAGCGUUCAAAAACAUAGCCACACUAGAGCGACCCAUCAGCCAACCCCAACAACGAAGAAACGGAAGGAAAACUCACAAAGCCGUAACCGCAAACCCGGUCUCAAGCACCAGCUCAAUCGCAUUCUCAAACCCCUCGAGAUCCCGAUUGCUCGUCGGAGGAAACACAUUCGCGAACCAGGUCGGCACCAGCGUCGCCCCGUACCCCAGCGCCAUACUCGCCGUGAGAAUGAACCGGUUGCGCCGCGUAAACGGCGCCUUGGCCACGAUCGCCUGGCCCGAUAUCACCACGCUGGCGAACAGGAAUGUCUUCAUGCCGCCCAUAACCGAGUUGGGAAUGGCGACAAUCGCCGCCGCGAAUUUCGCGAAGAUACCCGCUACAAUGAGAAUGAGGCAGCAGCAGUACCCGGCCCAGCGGUUCGCGCACCGGGGCGGCGACGACGGAGUUGAGGCCGUCGGCGAGGACAGCGCCCUGGAUGCGCGACUCGAAGGUCCCGCCGCGGACUUCGAGGCGGGAGACGUCGCAGGUUGCUGUUACGUCGCCGAUGCAUUCGCAGGCGCAGAUGAUGAAGACGGCGAUGAUGGGGAGGACCAUGGGGCCGAAGGGGAGACAUGGACAUGGACAUACGGCGUCAAUAUCGGCAUGACUGAAAUACCCACACGCCGCCGCAACGAUACAGCCAACGAGGAGUCCAAUAACAACAGAGCAGGACUUCAUAAUCGGCGCCCCAAACCGCUCACACAGGAUAAUCGCCACAAAGACCAGGAAGCCCAGCCCGAUGAACUCGGGACUGCCCCAGGGGAGAGGCCGCGGCGCCGCAGCAGACGGACAGAGCAUCCCCUCGUCCAUGCACGACGACCCACCCGCCCAAUCCUUGAAUCCCGUGCCGAUAAGACUAAUACCGAUGAGCAUGACAGUUGGACCGGUGACGAUGGGCGGGAAGAUCUUCUGGAUGAUGCGGGGCGGGACGAAGGCGAGGAGGAUUUCGACGAGGGCGCAGACGGCGGAGGUGCCGAUCAGCGCGCCGUAUGCCUCGGGGCAGGGCAGGCGGUUUCCGUCGUCGUCGAGGGCGCAGAACCCGUUGGCGUACAUCUGGUUGAAGGCGCCGUUUGCGACGGAGAUGAUGGAGAAGGAGACGCCCAUGACGGAGAGGACGCCGCUGCCGAUGUAGUACCUGUUUCACGCGUGAGCCAGCUCCACGGGAUACCAGGGCAGGAGUAUGGACAUACGGCGUCUUAUAGAUAUGGAACCGCGUAA